AACAAGAUGAUGGAGCAGGAACGCCGCUUCUCCACGGUGAACACAUCGACGCAUGGUCACAUGAACUGGAAGUUGUUUUCCACCUUGUCUAUCCCUUGCAAGCGUCACUGGAAUUCUAAUAUCCUGUGCGAAAUCACUGACGGCUUCUCAGACCUUGAAGGUUGA